CGGCAAAUUAAAUAGCCCCGACAUAACUGUAUGAAUCCGGUAACGGUCCGUACAUGAAUUGAAAAAAGUCAAGCCCCAAAUCAUUAAAUAUGAGGAUUGUGCUUGCCGAUAUUUGUUGGUAAUAAAGUUGUGUAUUGAGACAGUAAUAGACACAAGCUUAUAAUUGAUCAGCUGUUCAGUUAGCAGUGACAAUGCCUAUUGAUAAUGUGAAUAAAAGUAAGAGUAAAGGACCAGGACAAACUGCACGACAACAUAGUACGGGAAUGGCGGGACGUUACGAUUCUGACACUGAUAAUCCACUGCCUGUAGCAUUUAGGUCAAGAUUACAUCACUUGUUUUCACAGAUUGAAAAAGAAUUUGAGACAGUUUAUGCAGAAAAUCUUCUUUUACAGGACAAGGUGGAAGGUCUUCAGGAGAGAUUAGAUGCUUACAUUGCUGGAGAUAAAAGUGGAGUAGAGAACCUUGAGAUACCUGAUGGUGCUGCCAAGGCUAAAAGAUCGGCCAGUCAUAUAUCACAGAAGAUAAAGAAGUCUUAUAUAGCAUCCACCAGUAAACUAGUGUCCAGUUUUAGACAGGCCACACCAGCAUAUUCUGUUGUGAAAGAUUUUCAUGGACACAAAGAUGGAGUGUGGGAGGUGAAUGUAUCAAAGUUAGACAAUAAUAUUAUUGGAACAGCUUCAGCAGAUCAUACUGCUAGAAUAUGGAACAUAGAAACUGGUCAUUGUUUGCUACAGUAUGCCGGACAUCAAGGAUCUGUGAAUGCAAUCCGGUUUAAUCCAGUAAAAGAUUUAGUUGUAACAACAUCUGGUGCAGGGUUUGCACAUAUCUGGUCUCCCCAAGUGAAUUUACCACCUCAUGAAAUCAUUAGAUCACAUUCAUCAGGAGAAGAUGACCUUGAUAUGUCCGAGAAAGAAGACAUGGCUGAAGACUUACCUGAACAAACAGUCAACAACACACUCCGAACUCCAACCAGAGAACUGGUAGGUCAUCACAGUGUGGUUAUAGCAGCUGAUUGGCUGAAUACUGGAGAUCAGGUGAUCACAGCAUCAUGGGAUAGAACAGCCAUUUUGUUUGAUGCAGAAACAGGAGAAAAUAUUUCCAUUCUCACAGGUCAUGAUCAAGAACUAACAGAAGUCAGAGCACACCCUGCACAAAGUUUAGUUGUGACCUCUUCAAAAGAUACAACUUUCAGACUUUGGGAUUUCCGUGACCCUAACAUGCCAGUGACUGUAUUCCAAGGGCAUACACAGCCAGUAACAACAGCUGUGUUUGCUGGACAGGAGAAGGUUGUAUCUGGUAGUGAUGAUAGAACAGUUAAAGUAUGGGACCUUAAGAACAUGAGAUCACCAGUAGCAACUAUAAGAACUGAUUCAUCUGUUAACAGACUUUGUGUGUCUCAACAAAACAUAAUUGCCAUACCCCAUGACAACAGACACAUACGUUUGUUUGAUAUCAAUGGUAACAGAAUAGGACGUCUGCCUCGAAGUAACAGAACUGGUCACAGUAAAAUGGUAUGUAGUGUUGCAUGGGCAGACGACAACACCGUCUGUAAUCUAUUGUCCUGCGGGUUUGAUCGCAAAGUGCUAGGCUGGCAUAUAAACUUACAAGUGAAGGAAUAGUUGAAUACAUGUCUGUGUUUACAGAAUAGUGACAUCUCUUCUUACAAUAUAACUUACAGAGUGAACAUUUCAAAGUAAAAGUCCAACAAAAGUAAACAGUGAAGAUCUUAAUUUAUUUAUUUAUUUAUUCAUAAAAUGAUUUCAAUUAGUUAUGAAAUGUUGUCUGAACUCUAUACUAACAUGAACCAUGUUGAGAUUAUACAAUCGAACAUUCUGUUUGCAAGAGAUAAAUUUUACAAAGCUUACAGCUUGUAUUGUACAAAAAGUUAAGAAAUUAACUAUUUAAAUGUGAUGGUGGCAGCUCUGCUUGGGUUUCAACCGUUCUAGGUGGAGAUGUAUCUAGCACAGAAUGCAAUGCCUGGAAAAAUCUAGACAGCAGAAAAAACUAUGCUGAACAUUGACUAAGAAGAGGAAACUCAUCAGUUAUUGUACCAUUUUCAAUAUGAUUGAUUAUCAACAAAUCUCAAUGUUCAAUGCUUGCAAUCGUUUCUUUGACAUGUUAUUAUUUAUUUAGCUGUUUUUAUUUAAGACUAUAUUUACUUUGUGUACGUUCUCAACUCUGAUAUAAUUAUGAAAGAAUCUUAAUAUCAUUUUGUUACAUAUUUGUAAUACGUAAUGUUUGGACACCUAUUGUCAAGGGGAAGUGGGGUAUUUAUUUCUUUAGGUGAUAUUUCAGUUUGUUUUACUGUCUUUUUUACAACAUGAAAACUUUUCAAAUCUGGUAAUACACAGAAGCACAUGGUAUCUUAUUUCAGUUCCUAUUCAUCAGUCAUAUGUAAAUAAUGUUAACCUUUGAUUAUUUUACCCUAAUUAAUCAAGUGAAAGGAAAAUAUACAUUUUUUAAAAAUUAAAAUUCAGAUUACUAUAAAAUAUAACAUGUCCCAUUUUUUCAAGCUCAAAGUAGAAUAUAUGGUUCCAUAGAAUAAUUAUGUUUCAUUUUUACAAUAACGCAAAGACUGUGUAGUAUUUAUAGGUAUUUUUGAAAUAUUAAAUUUAAGCAUAAUAUAUCUUUAAUGAUUUUAAGGGGUUAUCAGAAAAUAGAAAGGUGACCUGCAAUGUAUUAAUUACCGUAAUUAUCUGAGAUAAUCAAUACUUGUAAAGUGCCAUAUACCAAUAAAUGGUAAAGUUUCAAUAAUUUUUUAUAAACAAUAAAUACGGGAUUGUACUGUUACUUCAAUUUGGUAUUUAGAUGUUUAAUUUGGGAGGUAUUUGUUUUACUGUUAAGUGUAUCAAAUGCUUUUGCCUUGUAUAGCUAAUUCUCUCCUGUCUCUAAUAGUGAGCAAUUUCUAAUAUAUGCCUAAUAUAGCUUGUAAUUUGUUAUUACUUACAUAAUUAACUUUAUUGAUAAGCAAAUUGAAGUCUACACUAUUUUGACAUGUUAUUUCCUGAAUGAAACAACUUGUAUGAUUAUUUUACUGUCAGCUGGGGGAAAACGUAGCCAACAUUGACAAGUAAAGUAGUUAUAUUACUCAGCUAGUCAUCUAGAAAGUCUGUUUGUUGAUGUUGAUCAUAGUGACAUAGACAUUGAUGAUUUGAUUCACGAAACUUAUAAUGACAUCACUUCACUAGUACCUUCUCUCUGUUAAAUUUAGUUGUGAUUGAAACCAAAUGAAAUAAACUACUUUUAGAUUCCAGAAUUAAAUUAGAAGAUAGACGUAUAUGAGAUGAACUUGCAGACUGAUAAAAUUGAAACAAAACAUUGUAAAAAGUCCAUUGUUAUAGGUUUUAUUUUUGUAAUCAAAUCAAUAGGGUAGUUGACAGUGUUCAUUUUGCUCAUCAAUAGAAUUGGGAAGAAAUAACCAAGAGUUAACUAAAAUAUGGUGACUUACAUUAAGCCAGCCAGUUGCGUGAGCAACGAUUCUUUGUGCAAUAUCACAUUAUUUAUUGUAUAUUUACUAAUCUCUAGUUUUCAGCUUGACUAUUUGAAGAAUAGAGUUCACUCUUUGGGUAAGUUUUUGUGUGAAAGUUGAUAUCUUCAAUAUCACUGAAAGUGAUGGGUUGAAACCUCACACAAAUAGCAUAAUAGAAUGUUACUGUCCAAGGCACGUAACUCUUACAUGAAUUAUAGACUGUUUUGAACUUGGAAAAUUUUACAUUAUCCAGGCUCUUAUUUUACUAUCAAGUACUGAGAAUAGUCGAGCAUGUUGUCCUACCGAAAGCUCUUUUUUUUCUUUUGUUGUUAAUAUUUAUACUGUUGAAAAUGUUCAAUUCUUUUCAAUCUCGAUAAAA